AUGUCCAAUUACAACUUCCAAACUAGAGCUAUUCACGUCGGUUCAGAACCAGAUCCAGUAACAGGUGCUGUUAUUCCACCAAUUUCUUUAAGUACAACUUUUGCUCAAACUGCUCCUUCAAAACCAAUUGGUGCUUUUGAAUAUUCAAGAUCUCAAAAUCCAAAUAGAGAAAAUUUUGAAAAAGUUAUUGCUUCUUUAGAAAAGGGUAAAUAUGGUUUAGCUUUCAGUUCAGGUUCCGCUGCAUCUGGUACCAUUUUACAAAGUUUAGCUAGUGGAGGUCAUGUUAUUUCAAUUGCUGAUGUUUAUGGUGGUACUCAUAGAUAUUUCACAAAAGUUGCAAGUGCUCAUGGUAUUACUACUGAUUUUGCUCAAGAUUUAGUUGAAGAGUUACCAAAAUUGAUUAAAGCUGAAACAAAAAUUGUUUGGAUUGAAACUCCAACUAAUCCAACUUUAAAAAUUACUGAUAUUUCAAAAGUUAAACAAAUUAUUAAAGAAUCAUCAAACCCAAAUAUUUUCUUAGUUGUUGAUAACACUUUCUUAUCACCAUAUAUUCAAAAUCCUUUAGAACAUGGCGCUGAUAUCGUUGUUCAUUCUGCUACUAAAUUUAUCAAUGGUCAUUCAGAUGUUGUCUUAGGUGUUGCUGCAACAAAUAAUGAUUUUAUUUAUGAAAAAUUAUCAUUUUUACAAAAUGCUCUUGGUGCUAUUCCAUCAGCUUUUGAUUCUUGGUUAGCUCAUAGAGGUGUUAAAACUUUAGCUUUAAGAGUUAAGCAAUCUGCAUCAUCUGCACAAAAAAUUGCUGAAUUUUUAUCAAAAUCUGAAAAUGUCGUAUCUGUUAAUUAUCCAGGUUUACCAACUCAUAAAGGUUAUGAAAUUGUUCAAAAACAACAUCGUGAUUCUUUAGGUGGUGGUGUUAUUUCAUUCAGAGUUAAAGGUGGUGCUUCAGGUGCUUCAAAAUUCACACAAUCAACUCAUUUAUUCACUUUAGCUGAAAGUUUAGGUGGUAUUGAAUCUCUUUUAGAAGUUCCAGCUGUUAUGACACAUGGUGGUAUUCCAGAAGAAGAAAGAAUCAAAUCUGGUAUUUAUGAUGAUUUAAUUAGAUUAAGUGUUGGUAUUGAAGAUACUGAAGAUUUGAUUAAAGAUAUUGAACAAGCUUUAACCGCUGCUGUUUCAAACUAG